GAACCGAGUUGUAGCAACACGACUACCACUCCCUUUUCCGUCUCCAGCUAGAGCCCUGGCUCUCUCCUGACCUCUGGCAAGCUAGAGCUCGGCCGGUUCGCGUCGUCACCAAUGGCUUCCGCCCUCACCGUCGCGUUCUCCAUUCUCGUCGUCCUCGCCGGCGCCGUCCAGUCCGCUCGUGGUGGGCGGCUGGCGUGCGGGGAGCUGCCGCCGGACGCGUGCGCGUUAGCGGUGUCGUCGGGCGGAAUGCGGUGCGUGCUGGAGCGCACGCCCGAGGGGGCGCACCGGUGCCAGACGUCGGCGGUGCGAGGCGCGAGAGGGCUGGCGGCCGGCGCCGGGUGGGUCGAGACCGACGCCUGCGUGCGGGCCUGCGGCGCCGACCGCGCCGCGCUGGGCUUCCCCGUGGCCAGCGCCGCGGCCGAGGACCGCCGCGCCCUCCGAGCGCUCUGCUCGCCGGCGUGCCAGCACGGGUGCCCCAACGUCGUCGACCUCUACGCCACCCUCGCCGCCGGUGAAGGCAUGUCGCUGCCGGCGCUAUGCGAGGCGCAGAGGAACGCCGGCAACCGCCGCAUGAUGAUGGGCGGUAUGGCGCCGCUCGGCGCUCCGGUGGUGGCUCCGGUCUCGCCCCCGGCGGUGGCUCCUCCGGCCGAGCCUCCGGUGGUCGCGGCACCUCCAUGUGAAGAAUGGUGAAUUCAUAAACGCAGCGUCGUCGACUACUUGAAUAGCUUACGCCCUUGUGCAGUGUCAGUCAGUUCUAGAUGUCCCAGUGUUCCGCAUAUAGUAUGUAUGUAUCGGAGGGAGAUAGCUCCAUUGUUUAGUACGAAAUAAAGCCGUACGGUGCUGCAUUCGUGUGA